UACGGUGACUGGAAUUGUCUGGACAUCAUUCAUUAUUCGGUACUUUUGUGAAACACAAUGAUUCGCUUGGUGGUUCUGUGUGUGCUGUUUGCGGCAGCUUUUGGUGCUAAUUUGAAGUACUUCCCGAAGCCGAGGCUGGACGGAAGGAUCGUUGGUGGCUAUGAGGUGAACGUUGAAGACGCUCCGUAUCAAGUAUCCCUCCAGACGUCCGGCCACAUUUGCGGUGCUUCAGUCCUCAGUGAGAAUUUCGUCCUGACUGCUGCCCAUUGCACUGAUGGUCAAUCUGCUGGCAGACUAACUCUGAGGGUUGGAUCCAGCUACCAUGCAAAGGACGGUGAAAUGGUGAAAGUGAAGAGAAUUGUACAGCAUCCGAAGUAUAAUCCACGCACCGUCGAUUAUGACUUCUCCCUUCUGGAACUGGAGAAGCCUCUGAAGUUCAGCGAAGUGUGCCAACCAAUUGACUUGCCGGAGCAGGAUCAAGAUGUUGAGGAUGGUGCUAUGCUGUUGGUGUCUGGCUGGGGCAACACUCACAACUCUCAGGAGUCCAGGAAUAAGCUGCGUGCUGCUGUCGUGCCCAAGGCGAAUGAUGAUUCAUGCAACAAGGCUUACAGCGCCUACGGUGGCAUCACAGCCAGGAUGAUCUGUGCUGGAUUUGAGGAGGGUGGCAAGGACGCGUGCCAAGGAGAUUCCGGUGGUCCGUUGGUGGAGGACGGCACCCUCGUGGGUGUUGUGUCGUGGGGAUAUGGCUGCGCCGAGAGAGGAUAUCCCGGUGUCUAUUCUCGUGUUGCAUCAGUGCGCGACUGGCUGAAGCAGGAAGCUGAUCUCUAAAACUUCUGUAAACAAACAUUAAUCUCUGGCUUGUAUCCGAAAUGAUUUAAUUAAAUAUUUUCCAUCAUAA